CCUCCAUCACCACCAUCAUCAUCUCAUCCACCUCCGUUAUCGCCAUCACCUCCUCCACCUUCAUCACCACCAUCAUCACCUCCUCCACGUACAUCACCACCUUCUUCACCACCAUGAUCACCUCCUCCACUUCCAUCACCACCUCCUCCACCUUCAUCACCAUCAUCAUCACCUCCUCCACCUCCACCACCUCUUCCACCUCCUUCAUCACCACCAUCAUCUCCUUCACCUCCACCACCACCUCCUCCACCUCCAUCACCUCCAUCAUCACCUCCUCCACCUCCAUCAUCAUCACCUCCACCUCCAUCAUCUCCAUCACCACCACCUCCACCUCCGUCACCUCCAUCAUCACCUCCUCCACCUCCAUCAUCUCCAUCACCACCACCUCCACCUCCGUCACCUCCAUCAUCACCUCCUCCACCUCCAUCACCUCCAUCACCACCACCUCCACCUCCGUCACCUCCAUCACCACCUCCUCCACCUCCAUCACCUCCAUCACCACCUCCACCUCCAUCACCUCCAUCACCACCUCCUCCACCAUCAUCACCUCCAUCACCACCUCCUCCACCUCUGUCACCUCCGUGAUCACCUCCUCCACCUCCAUCAUCACCAUCAUCACCUGCUCCAUCUCCUCCACCUCUAUCACCACCAUCAUCACCUCCUCCACCUUCAUCAUCAACAUCACCUCCUCCACCUCCAUCACCACCAUCACCAUCUUCUCCAUCUCCGUUAUUGCCAUCACCUCCUCCACCUUCAUCACCACCAUCAUCACCUCCUCCACGUACAUCACCACCUUCUUCACCACCAUGAUCACCUCCUCCACCUCCAUCACCACCUCCUCCACCUUCAUCACCAUCAUUGUCACCUCCUCCACCUCCACCACAUCCUCCACUUCCUUCACCACCACCAUCAUCUCCUUCAC